AUGAAGAGGCGCUCGUCGGGUUCGACCGACGACAGCGACGAACCUCUUGUCGAUCCUCCAGUCGUUCAGCAACCCGCCCGAAGUCGCAAUUCUGCACCUCUUCCCAAGCAACCCGCGGCCGUUACCGUUGCCGCUGGAGCCGCAUCUAGGCCGUCAUCCGCAAGGAGUAGACGGUCAAACAACCCCAAUUGGAAGCUCGAACAUGGCCCGAACGCGAAUCCGAUUGUCGACAACCACCUCAUAACUGCUUUGCCAUCGUCACCCCUCUCAGUUCCAUCCCUGGCCGCGCCAUCGCCAGCCUACCGAAACCAUACACAGCUGCCGAACCACAAACUCCACCACCAUUCUCAAAGCGUCGCCGACGAAUUUCAGCCUACCCUGAACGACGACAAGUAUUUCGAUAGCGAUCACGACGACGGUGAAGGCGACGGCGACGGCCUCCACGACGGCAUCGUGGACACUCGGCGAGAAGACCAAACCACCAUGACCGCAGAGAAGAUGCCCGAUGUGCGCUUCGCCGGUCGCCGCUCUCGAUUCCGAAGCCCUUGGUCCGUUACCAUCUUCACGCUGACUGUCACCGUUCUUGGGAUUACUCUGCUAUGCGCUAUAUUGAACUCGUCAUGGACUCGCCAGCUCGAUGCCAAGGGAUGCCGCAUGUCGUACAUGCGACCUUCCUACAUUCGUCUUCGUGACUUCGAUACCGAACACACCCGGUUCGCGACCAAAUACUCGCUAUAUCUGUAUCGUGAGCAGGGUGUUGACGACGAAAGAAAGCUGAGAGGCGUUCCCGUACUCUUUAUCCCAGGUAAUGCCGGAAGCUACAAACAAGUUCGACCCAUAGCCGCUGAAGCUGCAAACUACUACCAUGAGUCUCUUCAACACGAUGAAACUGCUGUCGCGGCCGGCGCUAGGAAUCUCGACUUCUUCACAGUUGACUUCAACGAGGACAUCACUGCCUUCCACGGGCAGACCAUGUUGGACCAGGCCGAGUACUUGAACGAAGCCAUCAGGUACAUCUUGUCGCUCUACAUGGACCCGCGCAUGUCAGCUCGAGACCAGGACUUACCAGAUCCAACCUCUGUCCUGGUACUCGGUCAUUCGAUGGGUGGCAUCGUCGCGCGCACCAUGCUCAUCAUGCCGAACUACCAGUCCAACUCGAUCAACACCAUUAUUACCAUGUCUGCACCACACUCGCGUCCUCCUGUUACUUUCGACGGACAGAUUGUCAAGAUAUACGAUGAUAUCAAUGACUACUGGCGUCACGCCUACUCACAGAAAUGGGCCAACAACAACCCGUUGUGGCAUGUUACUCUUGUCUCAAUCGCUGGAGGUGGCUUAGACACUGUCGUUCCGUCCGACUACGCAAGCAUCGAGCCGAUAAUCCCCGAGACACACGGCUUCACUGUCUUCACCACCGGAAUUCCAGGUGUUUGGACUAGUAUGGAUCACCAGGCCAUUCUAUGGUGCGACCAAUUUCGGAAAGUUGUUGCUCGCGCCAUGUACGACGUGGUGGAUGUUCACAGGUCUUCGCAGACCAAGCCCAGGGCUGAGAGAAUGCGGGUUUUCAAGAAGUACUUCCUCACUGGCAUGGAGUCGAUCGCCGAGCAGACUAUGGCAGCUGAGGGGCCAAGCACAUUGCUGACACUCGAGGACAACUCAAACGCCAUCAAGGCACAAGGCGAACGCCUCGUCUUGCGACAGCUUGGCCACGACCCGAAAUUCACAGCUCACCUGCUUCCAGUACCUCCCCAAGGAUCUCCAGAAGGAAAACGCUUCACCCUACUGACCGACAGCGCAUUGGACAAGCCAGGAGAACAUGGAAAGCUCGAGGUCCUGCUUUGCAGCGUUUCCCCCCUGCAGCCUGGACAGUCGACAACGCUGUUCUCAACACACAUGGACCUAUCAGGCGACAGCACUGGGUCUACUAGGUUGGCCUGCAAGAAUGCUGCGACCGACGCUAUUCUGCUCCCCCCUUCAACUAGAAUGCUCCAUCAGCCCUUUGCCUUGGAGAAUGAGCCAGUGACAAGGCCGUUCUCGUAUCUUCAGUUCGAUAUCGAGGACAUUGCGGACCACCAAUUCGUGGCCGUCAUAGACAAGGCGGUGAAGCCAAGUCAAAACUUUGUUGUCGCCGAAUUCAGCGACCAUUCUCAAUCACACAGAAGGCGAAACAUCAGCCUGCGGCGAAUCCUCGCGUUUGGAAUGACGCUGCGGCUACCUGCGAACCGUCCCUUGGUUGCCGAGAUCAAUAUCCCCACCAUUCAGUCCAGUUUACUGGCGUACAAUCUGGAGAUAGGCAAUCAGGCUUGCGGUUCAUCUUCUGGACUGUUCUCACCUCUCAUACGGCAACACCUAGCUCAGCCAUACGAGUCCAAGUUUUUCGUAAAUGCCAGGCAUGCGAGCAUCAGUCUGCAUGGCGUGGCCCCGUUCGUUCCGCCCCCUCUUAGGCACAAGCUUCAAAACGAGCAGGGACUCAGCCUGCAAUUUUGGACCGAUCCAACCUGCGAAUCAGCAAUCCAAGUUACGCUGACAGUCGACCCGUUGGGGAGCUUGGGUAAGCUGUACAUGCGUUAUCGGACUGUAUUUGCGGCCUUCCCAUUGCUUGUGGUGGCACUCGUGCUUCGCAAGCAGUUCCGGAUCUACGACACGACUGGAGCCUUCAUAUCUUUCUCGGAAAGCUUGGAUCUCUGCUUACGGCAGUCGCUGCCGCUGAUGUUUCUUUCCUUGACAUUCCUCUCCUUGUCAAUGACCGGAUCGUGGUCAUCCGGCCCCGGUGUAUUCUGGCACUGGCGCAAUACGACUUCGGCGGAAGCCGACUUUCACAGCAACGAUCUCCUUACAGGCACCCAGGAUCCCUUCUUCUGGUUUCUGAUCCCCCUGAUCGGAGUCGUCUGUCUCUCCGACCAUUCGCAACCGGGCGUGACGAGCGCCGAAGGCCGCAGUUACCCAUCUUCGUUGCGUCCUCUCCUCGACGCCGUAUGA